CCUCAUUCAUCUCAUUUACUCCAGCCUCUCGAUAUUGGCUGCUUUGGCCCGCUUAAGCAGGCGUACGGUCGGCAAAUCGAGAAGAAGAUGCGGGCGGGUAUAAGCCAUAUCACCAAGGAAGACUUCUUCCCUGCGUUUCUUACAGCAUCCCAAGAGGUAAUGACGGAGAAGAACAUCCAAGGGGCCUUUAGGGGAGCUGGACUCGUUCCUCAUAACCCGGAAGCAGUCCUUUCGAAGCUGGAUGUGAAGUUACAUACCCCAACGCCUCCAGGGAGCAGUGGAGGGAUACCCGAACCUUGGGUCUCGAGGACGCCCAACAAUCCGAUUGAGACGACUUCGCAGUCUGAGUACAUCAAAAAUCGGAUUGCCCGUCAUCAAGAUAGCUCACCAACGUCUAUUCUCGGCGCCGUUGACCACUUAGCAAAGGGAACGCGGAGUAUCAUGCAUAAACUCACCCUCGUACAGUCCGAGGUCCAGCUCAUACGAGGGGAGCUAGAGACCCUAAGCAAGCGUCGCAGAGCGAAGAAAAAGCGUCUCAGGCAAGGGGGAAGCAUGUCUAUAGCCGAAGCAGAGGACAUUCAAGCCCAGAAUGAGGUAGACGUCCAGAUGAAGCAGGAAACGCAGCUGAGUAGGGGUCGUAAGCAGGGUAUAGAAUUGGCCCCUCGACGCUGUGGAACAUGCGGCAAGGCAGGACAUAACUCAAGGACCUGUCAGAUCAUUGUAGCUAUAUCAGAUGAUGAUAACACCGAUUGAUUUAGUUAAUUCAAGUCGUCGUGGUUGAGAUAUCUGGGGUUUUAUUUGUGCGGUCGUGGUUGAGUGUUUCACUCGCUUUUUUGGAGUCCUACCACGCAUCUGGCAACUCCUCGAAGCACCCCUUGCCGCCGAACACUCCGUCAGCGCACAUCUCCACCCACAAUGCCGUCCACACUGUCGAGACCAAGUCCCGCAGUGCCACAACGCGCAUGCAGCGUAUGCUCUUCCGCAACGGCAUCGACGAGUAUGAGAUCAAGGCCCGCAAGAAGGCCACAAAACCUCUCCCCACAGGCGAGCCACGCAUGGGGCAACGUGAGGACACGGCUCUGAAGUGGGGUGUGAGGGUGCCGCUUGCGGGUCCCUGGGUCAGUAUCGCCGCUGCGACGACGACGGCAGCCAUGUACGCAACGCCGCCAGGAGAAGUAUACACUGGGCCCGGGUCAGUGGGGAGCUGCGCGUCGGGGACGUGCGGCGGUCACAGCGGGUGCGGGAGCGAGACGCUGGGCAUGUGCUCCGCGGGGUGUGUCGGGUCUGGCUGGUUUGGCGGCGGUGCAGGAUGCACAGGGUUUGGGGGUGGCGUCUAA